AUCAAUGAGUCGAUUGUCAAUAGAUUUGGAGACUAUAAUUACGACUGCGAAGUCAGAUAUAAAUCUGGAACCAAUGGUACGAUUGUCACCGACUGUUCCGGUGGUAUAGGAAAGAACAUAACGACUCAAUACAAUCCGAAAGCUUUGAUAUUAUCGGGAAAUGACGACUAUUUGCUCCUAAUGUUGAGCCGAUUUGAGCCACGGAUCAGAUGUUAUAACGUAAAAGACAAGAAACUAAUUGAUGGCAAUGACUGUUACGAUAAGUUUAAACCCUCUCCCGAGGAGUUGUUUAAGACGAUCCCUCAGUCGUGGUUUGACUCAAUCCGUGGAAUCGUUCCCAAAAAAACUAACGAAAUCUUUGUUUUAGUCCUUUUUUAUGACAUCGACGGACAGCCCAUUGCAAAUCAACCGAUGAUUUUAAACCAGUUUUCAGCGAAUAUUAACGCAUUAAUGACUAGAGGAUUAACUCGGGAGCCGUCGACUAUACUUACCGUUUCGAGUGAAUGGGAGGACAACAUAAACCCCAAUAAACCUUUGAAAGCGUCUAAAAGUUAUAUGACAACGUUGUAUCUGUGCAAUAUCGUAUAUCAAGGAGUGAGUGAUGGCAUUCACACUGUUAUCGGAAACUACCCUAACGUCACGGAUAGUGACUGCGGAGUAAGUCGGGAAUCGAGACUUUUGAACGACAAGUGCUUCACUUAUCACAAAACCUCAGGACUCAGUCGUAUAGCCAAUGGUAGGGAUACCGAAGCGGGGGAGACAUCAUAUGCCGUUUAUAUUGAGAUAAUACUAUAUUCACCUACAAUUUUGUUCUUAACUUUGGCCAUUAACACACUUAAAGACACC